AUGAAUCGUGGUCCACAGACAUUCGGUGCAGGAUUUAAUGGUGCAAACACAGAAGGAAACGCAUCAACUCCAUCAAACACCAUAUAUUACGGUAACAAACAAGACUUACCUAAGUUUGGUACACCAAUUCAGUCUCAAAUGUCUAAUCAAAUCUUUCAUAAUGGACAACACCUUAAUAUGAAUGCGGGAUAUAUUAUGUCUGACUUUGUUGACAACAAAUAUAUUCCUGGUUCAUUUGACAUUUUGCAACGAGGCAAUCUCCCUUCAAUAAAAGUGAAGCAGAAUGAAGUUAAAUAUGAGUACUUCACAAAAGAGGAGAUUAUUCAAGGGUCUAGCAAAUAA